CGGAGGCCCGGCGGUUUCAGAGCUUCGCCCGGGACGACGAACCGCAGACGACCUGUACGCAAAACUCGGCCGUGCGUUAUCCAGAGGGCUACGCUGCCCUCCUAAAAGUGUCAACUAGAAUAUAAUCGAGGAGGGAAAACAAAAAUAUACGGAAAGAAAAAAAAAUAAGGGCUUCGAGCGAGAGAGAUUCUUUGACGUAUGACAAAAGGAAACUUUUUUUUUUUUCUUUUCAUUUUUCUCGCGUCGAUUUUUAUUAAACAACGACAACGACAACGGCAAUCCAACUACUCCUAAUAUGUGAUAUAGUGAUCGUCGUUGUAGAAGGUGUUAAAUUGAAUAAACCAAAAGACUUUUAUAGUCUUUUCAAGUUGGGUUGAAAGAGAGAGAAAGAAUAUUAUUGCAAGGUGUCGCUGCUUGUGAAGGAGGAGGUGGUGUAUUAGUGGAAAGAGGAAUAAGAAAAGGUGAAAGAAAGACAUGAACGAGACAUCUGGUAGCAACACCGAUUGACAAGGACGAACUUUUAGGUGAGAUGACGAAGGAUUAAGAAAGAGAAACCGAGAUAAAGGAUAAAGCCAUUGAACGAACUACCGCGCGACCAAUAAAGAAGAAAAGAGAAAGAGAGUGUGAAAGAGAGAGAGAGAGAGAGAGAAGAGCGAUAUAAAUAGGAGGCUGGAGAGAGUGGCGUGUUGCACCAGGACGGUGUGGUGCGCGCUGUGAGAUGUCAGUUGACCAUCGGUUGAAGACAUCCACGUUGUCGUCGUCGUCGUCGCCGUUAUCGUCGUCGUCGUCGUCUUCGUCGUUGUCGUCGUCAUCAUGAGGAGAUCCUCUUACGUCAACUAUUACGUCCUGUGCCUCGUCUGUUGGAUUCUUUUGGGUAUUACCGGUGUGAGCACCAGAUCGCAUUCCUUGGUGAAGAGGUUCGACGGGAUUUACACGGGUCCGUAUUUUGACUCUAAUUCACCUACGAACAUAACAGCUCAAUUAGGUACUCAUGCGUACCUACCGUGCAAAGUACGACAGCUCGGUAACAAAUCGGUCUCGUGGAUCAGGAGAAGAGACUCGCAUAUAUUAUCCGUGGAUAGGACCAUGUUCAUCCCAGACGAAAGGUUCCAGGCGAUCUUCACGGACGCGUCGGACACUUGGACGUUGCAGGUGAAGUACGUCCAGGCACGAGACGAAGGAGAAUACGAGUGCCAAAUCUCGACGGAUCCUAAGAAGAGUCACAUUAUCAAGCUCAACAUCGUCGUGCCAAAGAUUGAGAUCCUGGGAGACCGGGACAUGUACGUGAAAACUGGAAGCACGGUUUCAAUACGUUGCAUGAUAAAACAAUCUCUCGAGGGGCCGUUCUACGUCUUCUGGUAUCACGAGGGCGAUCGCGUUCUCAAUUAUCAACAGGGAAAAAUCGAUAUACAGACUAAAAGGAUCGAUCACGAUACGAUUAGCAGUUUGGUGAUUCACAACGCCAAAAGGGAGGACUCGGGAAAUUACACUUGCAGUCCGAGUAAUUUGGAUAGUGCCAGUGUACAAUUACAUGUACUGAAUGGAGAACAUCCUGCCGCUAUUCAAAGAGGAAUAAGUUCGGCUUGUGGCGGUUGUCGUACACUUUGGUGGUUUGCCGGAGUUGUAACGCUUUAUUCGAGUCACGGAAGUCGGCAUUACGUUCUCGUACUUCUAGCCGUUAUGGUCCUUUAUUCGAAAAAUCCAUCUUACUUCACGUCGGAACGAUAAUCAGGAUCAUUCGUGAAGAAGGACCAAAGCACGAACGUGAGCGAGUUAGCUGGCGAGCGUGCGCAAAGAGAAUCGAUUAUCUUCGGGCCAUGAUACGCUGUGAAAAUUCAUUUAAAAAAUCCACGGCGAAAGGGAUUUCUCUAAUAGGAGAAAGAAAUAAUAAAAAGGAACAAACAUUUCCAUCGAUCAUUCGAUAUCAUGAAGAAGAAGAAGAAGAAGAGGAAGAAGCUUGGAAAGCGUUAAAGCUAGAAUAUCAUGAUAAGAAUCUAAAGGAAAGAUCAGGGUCGAGAGAGAAUCGAGAAUUUCUGUAUGGGGAUGGGUGAAAAAAAAAGACAAAAAUAUGAAAGAGAAAUGAAUAGGAAUGAGAGUCGACGAGCUCUCGUAGAAAAAAGAAAACGAUCAUCGUUUUUAAAAAUCGUCGCUGAAAGAAGACUGACCGCUCGUUUUAUUUUGUAAUCGAGCCGAAACGGGAUAAUCGGAGGUGUUAGGAGAAUAGUCAAAUAAUAUUGUUGAUCGUUCGUUCGAGUGACGGAUUCGUUCGGAGAAUAAUGGUCUAAAAAAGGGAGAACAAAAAUAACGAAGAAAUGGGAAAAACAAAAUACAAUAAAACGAUCUUUUUGUAUACCUUGAUAUUGAAUAUUCGAAAUACACCACCACCCCCCAAUCUUAUCGUUUAUCAACAAUAUCAAGGUGUCCAACCAAAAUAAAUUCUUCCCAGAGGGAUGAAAUUCUAAAAUUAAUUAGAGAUGCAUUUCGUCUAUCGAGACAGUAUGAUCCGGCCGUUAGUAUAUUAGGGAAUUUAGAUAAACUCGUGACGAUUGUGUUUCGUUGGAUUCGUCCGAGUUUUUCCGCAGGGGGACAGGUUUGUUGUUACCGUCGUCGUAACAUCUCUCUUCUCACAACCUGUCUAACUUGUAUACAAUGACGACGUAAUUACGCGAGGAUCGUGAUCCAAUUUAAUUUCAUUUAUUUUCAAUAAACAAACGGACGGAGUUUAAC